CUACGCUGUCCGGCCAAUCACGUUCCAUAACCGCAGCCGAGCCCCCGCUGACCUUGGACGGGAUUGGCCGGACGACGUAGAAUCUUCGUCGUCCGAGAGACAUCGAACGCGGGGUUGGUUCAUUGCACUGAACUCUAUAAUGGUUCAUUGCCAUUGCACAUUGUGCAUUAUGAGUUCUCUAUAUACCGUGAUUGUGAGUUGCAUUAUAGAGUUCAGUGGGGCCUUGGUUCAGUGAUCAUUGCCAAGUUACUGCUGAAUGCUGUGUGACUGCUUUGAAUAGAUAAUAAUAAAGAAUUAUUUAAUUUAUUUAUUAUUGGUACAGUGAGUCUAGGGCCUUCUUAUCGUAUAUCAAUAUUAUAAGAGUAGCCGAGUUUGAUUUUUCUGGUCACUGUGCCAGCCUGUGCAUCACUAGUGCGAUAUGACACGAGCGUCGGCGCCGCCGCGGCUCGUCUACCGCUGGUCAGUGACCGAUGUUCAGAAGUGGCUGAGGCGCCACCUCAGCGACUAUCACAGCCUCUACUCAGAGCGCUUUCUGCAGCAUGAUAUCGCGGGUGCUGCCCUGGUCCGCCUGAGCCGACCUCAGCUGCAGAACAUGGGCAUCGCCGACCCAAAGCACCGCGAGGACAUCUACCGGGAGAUCGCCAAACUACGCCUCAAGUCGGACCUGCUCGAGAUCCGCAAUGUGUACACGAACGUCAAGGGUGACGCGGUGCUAGUGUGACUGUCUCCUCACCGGUGAGGUACCGCGGUCAGUGAUCUGUACGGGAACACGGCGCUCUUGGUGUGAUCCCAAAGAUAGCAUCACCACUGCGGGACGCUGCGGACGGAUUUUCCGACACUAAAAGAGCGUCAGCUGUCUCCAGACUCGAUAAUGUCGGACGGUGAUCAUUUCCGACGCUCAGAGUUCCACCGCAGAAGAGUGUCGAGGCGACCGUCGCCGGCUACUGCUGGUGGUCCGUUCAGUGUGGAGGUCACACCCAGAUCUACUACACUCUGUGUGAAAAGUCGAGGGUGAUUUGACAGAAGCCCGAUCGGGUGGGAUGAGCGACGGGCCGCCAGGCCACUAUAUCAUAGUCGCGUAGUCUUCUCUGAUGCUUGGAGCACUUAGGUACUCGUGUCGUCACGGGAGUGAAAAGUACGAAGCGCAAACCGUCUAAACCGAAUCAAAUAUCAGCAGGAUGAUGCCUUCCGUUGUGCGUUGUGACAAUUUAUCUUUUUGAAUUGAAUGAGGUAAACAAUUGCGAUAUCUAUCUUGCGAUUUUUGGCGAAGAGAGAUUCCCAUGGGACCUGCCACGGUCUCAGGAUAAGGGUAAAGAACAACGCAGCCCUUAUACAUUAGGCUGCACUGCGGUAGUCAAAUAAUUGUGACUCCCCCCCCCCCCCCCCCCCCCGGUGACGCAGCCCCGGUACAUACAUUCGUUCCAAUUUAUUGCUGUCUUGUGCCGUUAGUGGCGAAGUCGUGGUUGCAUCUUCUAAGAGGAUGUUGACGUGUCUUCUCACUACGUGUAUGUGUGGGGUCUCCCCUUUCUAGCAUUUCAAGCAUUCAUGGUAGCUGUAGAUGAUUUUCUCGAGGGUGCUCCUCGCACGGGGCUGGCCGGUGUCUGGUCGUGCACAAUGGCGCCCCGUGAAGUCACCCUUCACGGCCUUAGUCUGUAUUUACUAAAGGGUGGUUUACCAGCAACGGGGUGGCCACUCUGUGAUGGACAUUCAGACGGCAUCAUUAAUGUGUGACUAUUUUCUUAUACUUGUAUUCCUUACAUGUGAGGCGUCAAUGUUUACUUCGAGAAAAUCAAGUGAUCCGUCGUAAGUCUCAACGUACCGUUCAUUUGAUGUAAUGUGUCGUGAAUUGUGAUCGUAAGGAAUCGUGAUGUGGGCAUGAAUGUGUUUUAUCGGUGGUCUUGCCCUUAAUCAAGUGAUUGUCAUUUUAGUUCAUUUUACGUGACCUGCAUCGACUGGAGAGCAGUCAGCGAACUAAGAGCAUCAGUAUUGCGCACUUGUUAUUAGAUGUACAUUCAGUAAUAAAAUGUGAACAUAACUA